UCCUCUCUCUCUCUCUCUUUGUGCGGAUGUGAACACAAAAAGACAACAAGAAAAAAGUUGAGAGUUUUCUUUUGGGUUUUUGGCUUUGUCUGGAUUCGAACCGAAUCGUCGUUUUAUUGUGUUCUCUUGUUGUUGUUGCCAAAAUAUACUUCUUCUUCUGUCUGAAAUAAAAAAUCUAAACUUUAUUUCAAUUUUUUUUUUUUUUCCAUUGGAGAGCAGAAACAUCCAUCCAUGAGUGUUUCCUCGUUUCCUUGACACAUGUUUUUUCGCAUCAUUCGUUCUUCAUAAUUAUAUAUAAAAAAAGAAGAAAAGAAACGAAACUGACCAACCAAGCAAAGCUCCUCUCCUCUUCCAUUAACAAUCCUCUACUUGCUUCAUCUUCAUUCGCUAUGAUUAUUAUUAUUCCCCUCUUCUUUACUUUCCCAAUUUCUUGAAUUCUCCAAAAAACCCCUUCCCCAAAGACAAAAAGCCUUUUCGAGAUUUUUACUACUAACCUUCAGAUGUCUAUAAACUCAAACGUUGAGGAAAACGGAGGAGCAAAGCCAAUCUGUGAAGCUUUGAAGAGAUUCAAAAGGUCGAGGCUUGUGUUCGAGCCUUCUUUAGGUGUUUUGGGUUUUUUCUUGGUUGGCUUGUGUUUGGUUUGCAGUUUUUUCUACUUUGAUUACAGAAGCGUUCCUAAAAGCUAUGACCUUUCUGAUAAAUCAGACAGAUUUGUCUGGCUCAAACUUGAAACCAGCAGCAACAACACCAGCAACUCUAGUAGUAACAGUAGCAGUAGUAGUAAUAGUUCCAAGAGAGUUGGGUUUCUGGAAGAGAGUGGAGAUGGGUGUGAUGUGUUCGAUGGGGAUUGGGUUUGGGACGAGUCUUAUCCUUUGUAUCAGUCCAAAGAUUGCAGAUUUCUCGAUGAAGGGUUUAGGUGUAGUGACUUUGGAAGGUCUGAUUUGUUCUAUACUCAGUGGCGAUGGCAACCUAGACACUGUAAUUUGCCCAGAUUUGAUGCAAAACUGAUGCUAGAGAAACUUCGGGACAAGAGGCUAGUGUUUGUUGGAGAUUCGAUAGGAAGAAACCAGUGGGAGUCUCUUCUUUGUCUAUUGUCUUCUGCAGUCAAGAACGAGAGCUUGAUUUAUGAAAUAAACGGAAGUCCCAUCACAAAGCACAAAGGUUUCUUGGUGUUCAAAUUCGAGGAGUACAAUUGCACAGUGGAAUACUACAGAUCUCCAUUUCUGGUUCCCCAAAGCAGACCACCUAUUGGAUCACCAGGGAAGGUUAAGACAACUUUGAAACUGGAUACUAUGGAUUGGACUUCAAGCAAAUGGAGAGAUGCUGAUAUUUUAGUGCUCAAUACUGGUCAUUGGUGGAACGACGGCAAAACUACUAGAACGGGAUGUUACUUUCAAGAAGGAGUUAAAGUGAAAUUAAAGAUGAAUGUAGAUGAUGCGUAUAAGCGAGCUUUGAAUACCGUUGUGAAAUGGAUACAAACCGAGGUUGACUCAAACAAAACUCAAGUCUUCUUCCGCACUUUUGCCCCCGUGCAUUUCAGGUUUGUCCGGGGAGGAGAUUGGAAAACAGGAGGAACAUGUCACAUGGAGACAUUGCCUGAGAUUAGAACCUCAUUGGUUUCUUCAGAGACAUGGGAACAGUUAAAGAUUCUGGGAGAUGUGUUGUCACAUUACUCAAACAGAUCAGAGUCUGUUAAAAUGAAAGUGUUGAACAUAACGGCAAUGGCUUCUCAAAGAAAAGAUGGUCACCCUUCGCUCUACUAUCUCGGUUCGCAUGGUCCUGCACCACUUCAUCGCCAAGACUGUAGCCACUGGUGCCUUCCCGGUGUUCCUGACACGUGGAAUGAGCUUUUCUAUGCGUUGUUUAUGAAACAAGAAGCUUCCACUUCGUCUAGAAGAGUCGAAGAAGCGACUAGUACAGGAAAUGUUACAAUGUCAUGACGCCGGACAGAACAAAAGGCAACAACAAGCUCUUGUUUCUUCUGAAGUUUGCAUUUUCUUUUGAAGAUGCUGAGCUCAAAGAUCAAAAAGGGUUUGAGAUUUUUUUGAUCAAGUGAUUAGAUUAAUUGGGUGGGGGAUAUGUAAUUAGGUGGAUAUUCUUAAUCUAUGGUUGUAAAGAUAAAAACAUCUCAAAUUAUUUUCCGAAGUUAAUACAUAUAAAGAUUGAGAGACCAAAAACAAUAGUUUCUCUCUGUUACUUUUU